UUGCAAAGUUACUUACAGGAAAACACUGUGCAUGAAUUAUUGAUAACGGCUGCCUGAGAGCGUUUACCAGCUGACUGUGCCAUUGUGAGAGCCAGAUCACAUUUUAGAGGGAAGGAAGCCAUAAAAGGAAAAGAAAAUUCAAUGAAUAAUAGAUAGAGGCAGAUACCUGUAGCACAAUUGCUCAGCGAUAACCUGCAAGAAAACCUAGACAGAAAGAAACGAAGAACAAACACAUACAUGUAGCUUAGCUAUCAAAACAUCACAAAAAAAGAAACAAGUACUGUUAUAAACACAAGAGGACGUCAUCUUCAGGUCAGUGUAAGAAAGCCAUAGAAAAACAGAGAAUGACGAGCAGACAUCCCUGUUUCUAUCGAGUUCCUCCGCAGGAGUUACACGGGAGAAACCAUCUAACGGAAGCCACCCAGACUAAAGUCCUGAACACUGUCAUCAGCGUGAAGAGAACAUCGCCAGCUUUGUGUUACGAGCCUGAUUUCAUAUGGAAGGACACCAAACUUGCAUCACUGGAGCGCAAUAUUCGAGACCUGGAGGACGAGAUCCAGACGAUGAAGACAAAUGGCCUUUUGCACACAGAUGGCCGGGGUGAAGAAUUCAAACAGAUGGAAGUCUAUAAGAACCACUCAAAGUUCAUGAAGAACAAGAUUGAUCUGCUGAAACAGGAAGUAGUAAAGAAAGAGUCUGAGUCGAUGACACUGCAAACGAAGCUUGACGCACUGACCAAUCAAAACUCAGACUGCAAACAGCACAUAGAGGUCCUGAAGGAAUCUCUCACGGCCAAAGAACACCGAGCUUGUGUCCUUCAGACAGAGGUGGAUGCUCUCCGUCUGCGUCUGGAGGAGAGAGAGUCAUUCCUAAACAAGAAGAGCAAACAGAUCCAGGAUCUCAUAGAAGAGAAGGGAACACUGAACAGUGAGAUAUGUGACCUGAAGGACAUGUUGGAGGUCAAGGAGAAGAAGAUCAAGAUCCUGCAGAAAAAGGCUGAGAACCUGCAGGAACAGUUAAAGGACAGGGACAAACAGUUGGACAGUUUGGGGGACAGAAUGACGUCUCUGCAGGCCGACUCCAGCAACACGGACACCGCUCUCAUUACACUGGAAGAGGCUCUCUCUGAGAAGAUAGAAGAGGCAGAAAUGCAUAAGAAUGAAAAUAAGGAACUGAAAAGCAAACUUGUCUCCCUACAAGAGCGUCUCUCAGAAAAAGAGGCGUGUGAAGCGGAGCAUGUCGCUCGCUGGAACCCUGAGCUGUCGGAGCGGCUGCAGGUGCUCCAGGCGGAAGCUGUCCGUCAUAAAGAGGAAGAGGAGAAGUCUAAUGCUGAAGUCCAGAGAGUGCUGGCUCUUUUGCGGGAGCUGCAGUCUGAACGUCUGGAGCAGGACAAGAGAAUCAUCGAGCUGGAGAGACAAGUGAAGGAGCAGAACCAAAAGCAGUCUGUGAACCCAGGCCAAGCAGGAGAAAUGACUCCCAAUACUCAAAGACAGAUGGACGAUCUGAUGUCGGCUCUAGACAAAACCAGAAAAGAGUUGGAUGUCACAAAGCUGCAGUUGUCGUCAACACAGAAUACUCUGACUGAACGUGACAAUGAGCUGAGCAGGAUACGAGCUGAUCACAGUAAACAGCUAACAGAGAUCCUGCAGUUAAAACAACAGGCUCUGAUGGCUGCCGUCAGUGAAAAAGAUGGCUGCAUCAGUCUACUAGAACUUUCUCCCGUCAGAAACAUGUCGACCCCUGAAGACGUGAUGACCUUGAGGAGAGAGAAGGAGAGGUUCAUGAAUCACCAAAAACAGCAGGCACAUAGUAGGAUGAAGCACAUGGCAGAACAUUAUGAAGACGGACACAAUCAUCCACAGUAUUCCCAUCAUUCUCAUCACGGACAGCAACGUGAACUGAUCUCGCCCCCACCAGAGCAGGAUGAUGAGGAUGGCAUAUGGGCAUGACAAACCAGAAACUGGUCAUGCACUGAAGGUUUAAAAACUGGGGCAUCCCAGCUGGAGGAUGGAGCAGAGACACUGGACCCAAGCUUGAGAGGGAUUGACCAGCCAGAACACCAAGUAGAGAUUGAGUGCUAGCUGAGUACCUCAAAUCAUUCAAGGGAUUUGGAAAGUGUGGCCUUUGUUUACUUUUCUCCAAACCAAUCCUCCAUUCUCACCAUUGCAUUGCAAGAUAAAACUGGAGGUUCCUGUUCAAUCCAGCAAACAUGGAAUAUACAAAGUCACUUGAUCCAGAUGAAGGAUGGAGCAGAGACACUGGACCCAAGAGGGAUUGACCUGAUCUCCUUGAGUGCCAGCUGAGUGCAACAAAGCCUUCAUAGUCAUUGUUUGGGGAAGGAAAGAGCCGCCUCCAUCAUCUGUGCCAUCUAGUCUUGUGUAUGUGUAGUUAGGCACUGCCUGAACUUUCUCCAUGCUGGACUGUUGAGUGCAUUUGAGUACCAUUCUCUGCUUUGACUGAUUGCUUUGAUGGGACUGUAUUUUUUGACCCUCUCUUCUUCAGAAGUGUAGACAGUGCAGUGCUUUGCACGGACCCCCACUUUAUCAGAGUGUUUUGAAGUUUAAGAGCCAGAUUUACUAACAGCUUGCAUCAGCGCAAACCCUCUUUUUGCCUUAAAAACUACUUUCAGGAUUUACUAAAGACACCGUGAGAAAUUAGAGAUGAAAAGGCAUGGACAGGGCUAUUUUUAUUGCAUAUGCAUUUGUAGAAGUUUUUCUGUCAGACUGCAGUAGUUGCUGUAGGAGGAGGAGAGAGCGCGUGAUAGAAGGGACAGAAUUUCCACCACUGGUACUCAUUUGUUUGGAAGACAUUAUCCAAACAUAUCGUUUCCUAAGCCACAUUGUUUAAUUUGCUGCGGCUGUGUUGUUAAUAGAUCGCACGCACCUGAUCAUCAUCGGCUCUGCUUGACUCUACACUGAUUUGCGCUGCUCUUGGUCGAUUUCAUUGCUCAUCAUGUAAAUGAGCUGCCGCGUCUGUGUUCUUUCAUUUGAGCAUUGUCAUUAGAACCGUCCACUCCCAUCAACGCUUUUGUAGAAUUGUAGCCUGUUUAGUAAAUCUGGCCUUAAUUAUCCUUGCUUUUCACAUGCUUAUGUUUUUAAUAAAGUUAUAAUCAUUUUAACUUGCAAGCUAAGGGUGAGGAGUGUUGAAUGUGAGGUCAGGGGUGGUGUAUGAUAGAAGUAUGUUUUGGUAUACGGGAAGGCAGUGUUUCCCAACCCUUUUCCUGUAGGCACACCAGCACUGCACACUUCCUAAUUAAACAAACCCUAUUCUCAUCUGCUUGUUAGUAGACUUCAAUACCAGAUAAGAAAGACAUCCAAAAUGUGCUCUGUUGGUGUGCCUUCAGGAGCAAUGUUGGGAAACACUGUGGUAAAGCAUAUCAAAACAUAUACAUCUGAGUUGUAUGACCCCAUUAUGGCUUCAAUCUGCCUGUCUCUUGCAGUGCCUGUGUGAAAUAAAGUAUUUAUUGCUGUA